AUGGCUUCCACCAAACCCACCAUUGUGAAUGUCCAAGGCUCCUUCCAGACACCCCAAGUUUAUGACGCUCUCGUAACCGGUCUACAAGAUGCUGGGUACGCGGUUGUUCACCCAGCCCUUCCUAGCUGUUCGGAUGUCGACCGCGACGACUUCCCUACUCGGACCCUGGCCGACGAUGCACUCACCGUUACUGAGACUGUCAAGUCGCUGGUCGAAGAGGGCAAGCUAGUGGUUAUUGUGAUGCAUUCUUACGGUGGCAUUGUUGGGAGCGAAGCGAUCCCUGAAAGCCUUAGCCACGCAGCCCGCCAGGCCCAGGGUAAAAAGGGAGGAGUUAUCCAUCUGUUCUACUACUCUGCAUUCAUCCUGGGGAAAGGGCAGUCAGUCUUUGGGACCUUCGGCGAGUCCCCGAACAACGAUGUUAAGCCUGAUGGUCGUUUCUGGAUCAAGAACGGGGCAAUGUUGCUGUACAAUGACCUUCCAGAUGCUGAAGCGAAAUUGUGGGAGUCGCGUCUAAUCCCCCAGUCCUACAAGGUCCAGACAAUGUCUGUUACUCGUGCCGCGUACGAGUAUGUCCCUUCGACUUAUCUUAUUUGCGAGAAUGACAAGGCAGCCCCGCCUCAGUACCAGGAGAUGUUUGCGGGUAUAGCUAAGUCAGAAGUGCAACGGUGCAACGCGGGACAUUCUCCCAUGCUUAGCCAGCCAGUGUUGCUAGCGGAACAAAUUAUGGCUGUGGCCGACAAAGCAGCUGCAGGGUUGGGAUCAGUGAGACCUGGACAGCUCGGGGCUAAUAAUGAUAUGAUUCAUUCGACAUAUGCUAAAAGGCAAUAA